AUGAAAAACAAAAAUAAAUAAUCCGAACUGAAUUCCUUAUUUAGAUAUAUUCCAACUGCCACUCAAGAAUAGGAUACCAGAAGAAAUAGUUAUUCCUAUCCUUCUAAUAACACUGUAAUCCAAUAAAUUUUCAACUUCUACACUAAAUAAUCAUACUCUAUAGGCGUAAAUGCAACAUUCGAUAGAUAGGCCCAAGAAAGUAACUAAUUAAAUUUAGCUAAAUUCUUUCAUUUUUGCAGAGAUUUCAACAUAAAAUUCCUAAAUAAAUAAGAACUCUAAGAUCUUUUUAAAAAAUGUGCAACUCAGGGAUCAAACAUAACUUUAGAAUAGUUCGAAUAAGUGUUUAGUUUGCUAGCAUUCUAUAGAGGGAUUGAUUUAUGUUAAUUUUAUUAAGAACUCGGCUUUGAUGUUUGGUUAAAAAAUUAAAAGAAAAUGAAAUCGCUAGGGAAACCAUUUUAGAUGAAGGAUGAUAAACAAAGAUUUACUAAAGAUCAACUACAUUAUUAAUUCAAAUUAUACCAUCCAGAUAUCAAAGAUAACACUCUCAUUAAAGAAAUAUUAAGGCAACGAAAAUUAAAAUAAGAAAAACAAAAAAAUGAAGAAAAGGAGAAAAAAUUAAAAAAAAAGUUGCAAUUCGAACUAAAAUUUCAAAAUGGGACUGAAUUGUAUGAAAAAUAUCCUCAAAACAUUCAAUUAAUAAAGCAACUUGAAAAAAGAAAGGUAAUAAAACACAUUGAUUACUGCAAACCUUCAAUAAAAUAAGCAUAUAGCCUAAAUAUCCAAACAGAAUCAACUCAGCCAAAGUAAUCCUCAUUUAUUACGUGGGAAACCUUAGAUGGUGUUGCUCCUGAUAGUGAUCUAAUACAAAGUCUGAUAGGACCAGAUUAGGAUGAUUACUGUUAUCGAAAUAAGCAUGAGAUAGAAAAUAACUAAUAAAAAAAUUAAAGACCUCAAUUACCUUAUCAUAUUAUUAGUCUUUCUCAGGACGUAAGAUCCAUGUCUGCUUCUAACCCUAAUUAUCAAACAAAUUUUAAUACAAUCUAAACUGAAAGAUAAAAACCUCAAAGAUAUCAAUUUUAUGAAUCAUCUAAAAUACCGUCGAGUUAAUUGAAUUAUAUAUAAGAAUCUCCUAACACCAUAUAGUUAUCAAAUAUAUAAAACUAAAUUGAAAAGUCUCAUUAUAAAACCAAAUUCAAUAUCUCAAUACUCAAAAGAGCAAAUGAAAUUUAGUAAUUAUAGGACCUAAAGGAAUAGUACCUUUUAAAAAAAAUUGUAAACACAUAAUUAAGGAAAGAGUAAUUUAACAAACAAAAUGUAACUAAUAUUUGA